AACAAUAAAAAAUAUAAGUAUAUUAAACUUGCAUUUUAAUAAAUAGGAGUAAUUUUGAAAAUUAACAAUACAUACCUAGCAAAGUAUUUAUAAACCAAACACUGUAAUGUUAUCUUUCAUGCAUUUUAAUCAUUAUUUUACUUGUAUACUAAACACUGUUAUGUUAUUUUCCCUGCAAUCACAUUACCUGUAAUCACAUUGUAUUGUAAAGUACCAAACGCUAUCUUAAGUUUGUAGAUUGUCAUUAGCUGUAAUGGUCAACCUCAACUCAAUAGACAAUUAGUUUAUUCUAUUGCAUGUGUAGAUUGAGUGAAUCAAUUUGCCCGUGGUUUUAGAUCUUGUUUACCUUUUUUAAGCUCCUCAAUUUCCAUCUGCUGCCAGCUCAUGGUUUCAUUGCUGUAUCUUUGGUCAUAUGGAAGCCUUGAUCUUUUCAUGUUGUAAGAGUAAACUCCUUUUCCAUGAGAUUUCAUUUUCCUGGAUUUGUUGUUGGAGCAAAAGCUUAGCGUUUGCAAUUCUCAGAUUUAAGAAAUAAAAUGAAGAAACUUCCUUCAUAGUUUGUCUUGCUUCUUAUCUGUCAUUCUGUAAAAGUAUAUCCAUCUUGAUAAUGAGGUGCUUUGAUGAGCAGGACAUCUAGUAUGAGUGACUAGGAGAAUUUCUGCCCCUAAUACUGUUAACUUAUCUUAAUGGCAAUGUUGUUAAUAAUUAUCUAUCCUGUAAAAUGUUCAAAUGUUAUCAAUCAGAAAAGAAAGACAAGAAAAAGGUAUUAGUGGAAAUUAGUGAAAUUUAGCUUUAGUGUCAUAACUGCUUGUUAUUUGUUCUCAAUUGUUAUUUCUGUGAUUUUUAAUUUGGUUCUGAAUACUCAGAACAUAUGUUCUAUUGGGCUAGCUUUUUUUCAGCCUCUAACAUGAAGUUUCUGCCCUUCCAGUUCUAAUGGAUGAUCACAAAGAAAAUGAAGCUAUAGCAGAGCUCACAAAAGCAUUAGCUUUCAAGCCAGACCUGCAGCUACUACAUCUUCGAGCUGCCUUCCACGAUUCAAUGGGUGAUUAUAUAUCUGCAGUUAGAGAUUGUGAAGCAGCCCUUUGUCUUGAUCCCAACCAUACUGAUACUCUUGAGCUAUAUAAUAAAGUUCGUGAUCAGGUUAAAGAACGGAAGUGAGAGAAUCAGAUGCCCAUAAUCAUUCCUCUCUUCAUCGUCUGCAGUUGGUAACCAGAUUGUUGCCACCCUUUUUCUUUCAAAUAUUUUUGUUCAAUUACAAGGGCACCAUUAGUUUUUUGGAUUUUGUCUCUGGAAAAUUCCGAAGCACCGCCUAGGCCUUUGGGUGAAAUGGAACUCAGGAGGAAAGAAGAAGGAAAGUGUAUGGUUUAAAAGGAAAAGGAAAAAAGGGAAACUAGCAAAAGAUAGCUUGUAAAUAUUUGUUUUCUGUGUCAAGGAUUGAACCAAUCAAUGAUAUAAAUAGUCCAGGCAUGCGGCUGAUGCUGCUACUGCCCUCUGUAUUUCUCCGUCAGGGGCGAUGCCAAUGCUACAGCCAAAAGGAACAUGUAAAUGAAACUGCAGAAGUCUGUCCAGUCUAAGAGAUUUUACACUUUGUUGGCUUUUUUGCUGUACCUUAUGUAUUCUACCUCUUCUCAUCCUGUAUUGUUCUUCCAGCGUGAAAUUUUUCGCUUCAAAGGGUUUCUUUCAAACAGUUAUAUUGGAGACACCCUAAAGUUGGAAACUUAAAGCACGUUGAAUUGAUUAAUGUCCAUGUUAACCAUUACACACCAUAUGAUAAUUCAUGGUAAGUCGGUUUCCAUCUGUCCAAAGUUGGAACUGGGCAACAUUGGACGUAGGGCACCACUUCUGCCACAUGGUUUUUGGAUGAUUCCAGCAAAUGGUUAAUUAACCUCUUGGUUCACUUUCAUAGAAGGGUCUUUUCCACCCAACCUGUGAGCAUCAUAAAGUGAAAACAUCGGUUUUCAGUACACUGCACGAGAUCCCCAUAGUUUCAGCUGCUUUACAAUUAUUUCUCACAACCACUCCUUUUAUUAUUUCUUCGUUCAUUCAUUCAUAUGCAUCUCAAGUCACCUAGGCCCUUUUUUUCCCCACCUACUCCACUGAAUCGUUUCACUUACUAGGAAUGAUAUUUCUCUAUAUGGGAGAAGGAAUGAAUGAAGCAAUGGAAAAGAAACGCCCCAGGAAGCUGAACUUCAAUGCACCACUCUUGUCAACAAGGCGACCUGCAGGUGGUCACAUUGCUGAUAAACUGUCUUGUACGAAUUCCCAGGGGGGAUGCAAAGAUUCAAGCAAUGGGAUUCCAUUCUGCUGGGAACAGGCUCCAGGAAAGCCCAAGAACUUGGAUGGAAGUAACAACGUAGAUGACGCAGAAACGCCUCGUCCUAAACUCCCACCGAGCAGAUGGCGUCCGCCAGAAGAAGCCUGUCAGGAUCACAAUCAUGACCAUGAUGAAAGCUGUGAUGCUGAUGUGGAUGACUACGACGAUGACGACAACGAUGAUGUUUUCUCGGAUGCUAUGGAAGUUUUGUCACUUACACAAGCAAUAGACAUUGUUGAGAAAGCAGAAAAGUUUCGUGGAUCAUCAGACGGGUUAAAAUCAAAGAGCUUAGAGCCUAGUGACUUAGAAGGGUUAAACCUGGAGAGCUUAGAUCACAGUGAUUGCCCAUCUCCGAACUUCAUAAUCGAGCGGUUUCUUCCUGACGCCACAGCUUUGGCUGCAUCAUCUGCUAUGAACACGUCGUUGAAAACAAAGCUUCCUUAUCUCUGCAAUUACUCAGAGUCGCCAUGUGUUUCCCAAGCAGUGAUAAAGCGACCAUUCUCUUCCCCAAAGGGUUGCGGCCUGGAAAUCUUGCUGCCAUGGCGUAUGAAGCACAAGCUGUGUGGUGUAAAAAGUCCAAUCAAGGAAAGGUCUAUCAUCGCAAAACCAACUAGUUCAAAGCAGAAGAAACUGUUUUCAUCAAUUGUUGCCCCUUCUGGAGAAUGGAGAUGUAAAUAAAAGAGGUUUCCUAUGUAUAGAUAUAUAUAUAUACUGCAUG